AUGAAAUCGCUUAUAACGUCAAUCGCUGAUAUCAACCUUGUUGACGAAGACGGCAGUUGCUUACUUAUAAAAGCUGUUCAAUCAAAACAAAUUGAGAUCGUCAACUUUAUUUUAGAAAAGAAAGUAAAUAUCGACCAAGCAGAUGAUUCUCAAAGUACAGCUCUUCAUUAUGCCUGCAAGUCAAAAAAUCUGGAAAUAGUAAAAUUACUUGUGAACGCUGGAGCUAAAGUUGAGUUUUUAAAUAAUGAAAAUUUAACGCCUUUCUCAGAGGCAUGUAAGCAAUCACAGAUAGGGAUAAUGAAAAUAUUUUUAGAUGCAGGCUGGGAUAUAAAUUGUGUAGAUAUUUACCAUCGAACUCAUCUCAUAAACUCUAUUAGGAGAGAAAAUGAUAGCACAUUUGUCAUUAACCCUUUUACGGCUGGUAACUUUGCCACCACAAAUUUUUUGUUAGAACACGGAGCUGAUAUUUCAAAAGUUGACAAAGACGGAAUGACAGCCUUGAUGUGGGCAGCUAAAACAAAUAACGAAAAAGUCUUUGAUCUUUUGCUUGACCUUAAGCCUGAGGUAAACUGUGUUGACCUUAAACAGACGACAGCAUUAGCUCAUGCAGUGAUGAGCCUUAACGUACAGAUGGUAGCCAAGUUGAUACAAGCUGGAGCUGAUGUUAACAUCGCCUCUAAUUGUCAAGUCAAAUGCAAUAAAAAAUUUAAUGUUUGUAAUACAGUUGAAUAUUUAAAAGAAAUACAAGAAAAAGUGACACAACCUUCUAAUGGUAAAAACACACCGCUACAUAUAGCUAUAUCGGUAUGUUGGGGAAGAAGCAACAACACAAUAAUUGACUUGCUGUUGAAAUCUGGAGCCAAUGUAAAUGAUGCGGAUGAGAAUGGUAGAACACCUUUACAUUUGGCAGCUAUUACUGGAGAUCACGCGUUAGUAGAAGCUUUGGUUCGUCGUGGUGCUAAAAUAAACAAUGUGGAUAAUUUCGGCAUGUUCCCACUCCAUAUUUCAAUACUGUACAAAUACCACAAGUUAACCCAAUGUUUGAUUGAGGAUUAUAGAGGUUUAUUUUAUCUUAACCGUGAUGCUCUAAGCUCGUCUUUAUACCUUGCUAUAUUGAAUGAUGAUACAAGUCUUGUAGAAAGUUUGUUCAAGCAUGGCGCACGUAUUAAGAAAGGCAGCGGUGCGGAGCUGCUGAUUUCACUGGAACAUGCAAAUUAUGACGUCACAUUAGAUUUACUAGAACAUGGAGCUGACGCUAAUGUUAAAGACAGUAAUGGAAUACCAGCACUAUUGAAAGCUAUCAGAAUUGCAAAUCCUGAUUCAUCAGUGACUAGAGCAAAUGCAUUUGGUUUAAACCGUCUAGCUUCUUUAUCUGGUAAUGGUCUUAUGUUAAAACAUAACUACGCAAAAUGGUAUACGUGUUCGUUUGAUUUAUUUAACUCAUUUCUAGAUAACGGAGCUAAUGUUUCAGCUACUGACAACAAAGGUAACACCUGUCUACACGCAGCGGCUAAGUUUUGUGGCAAUAGUAACUUGCAGUUGUUUGUAGCCUACGAAGCUGAGGUCAAUGUCCAGAACGCAAAAGGUGAGACGCCGUUAAUGAAAGCGUGUCGUCGUGGUAAUGUUGAGGCUGUCAGGUAUCUUCUUUCUGUUGGAGCUGAUGUUAUGUUGGUGAACGAAAACCGGGAUACAGCGCUGCACCACGCAGUGAUUUCUGCCAGAAGAGAAAACCAUGUGAAAAUGGUUGUAUCUACUACAAAUGCUUACGUAAAAAGUAAGACUUCUGAUAUUGUUGAAAUGCUAGUGGGUUUGGGAAUUAACAUACACGCCCGUAAUAGAGAAGGUAACACUGCUUUACAUUUAGCAGUCAAGUAUGAUGUCUGUCUCUUGACAAUUUUAUUGAUAAACCUUGGGUCGAACGUAAACGAACAAAACAACGAUGGAGACACACCUCUUUUCUUUUUGAAAAACCACAAAGUAAUCAGUUACCUACUUGAUGCUAAAGCCGAUAUCAAUAUAAGAAAUAAUCGAGGUGAAACAGCUUUACAUCGUGUCUACGAUGUCGAAAUAGCACGUGCAUUAUUGGACAGGGGUGCAGAGAUGAUUAUUUCAACAGAAGGACAAACAGCACUCAUGUACGCUGCAACUUCUGAUAACUUCGAGCUGGUUCAACUGUUAAUAGAGCGAGGUGCAAAUAUCAAUGUUCAAGAUAAUGAAGGAAGAAAUUGUUUAAUGAAAGCAUUGAGGAGAUAUAGACAAUUUAACUAUGAUAUUUUAAAAUUUCUUAUAAUGAGUGGAGCAGAUGUUAAUGCAAGUGACAAAACGGGCCAGACUGCCUGUAUGCUAGCCGUUAUCAACGAUUGUUUUGUGAUUGUAACUACACUCCGAAUGUUUGGGGCUGAUUUGAACAAAGUGGAUAAAGAAAACAGAUCUGCUCUUGUUCAUGUUUUAUUAAACAAUCGCAUAGAUAGAAUGAGUUAUAUUAUGGAAGUUUUAAAACUAGGAGCUGACAUUGUGGUCGAUAGUCAGUACAGAUAUUUAGUUCAAUCUGUGACAAAAGAAUUCGAAGAUGCAACAAUAACAAGCGUAAGGUCACCACGAAUAUUUCAGUUUUUUGUGUUAAACGGGUGCAUUUUGAAUCAGACGAAGGAAUCCACUAAAAGAAACGAAACUUCAAUGUUUUAUCACCCCAUUAAUAAAAUCAGUUUAAAAAAUUUAGAUUUUAUAAAAUACAUUUUCGCCAUCGGUAUGAUAUUCAAGUCAGACUUACAAUUGCUACGAAAGUUAGGAAAAGAUUGCUCUAUGUACCCUGACUUCCGGAAACAUAUAUUAGCGGUUUUAAAACCGGCUUUGCAGGAACCCUGGCCACUGGUCAAACUAGCUUUUAUUGAAGUCUCCACCUUAAUUGGGACUGGACCUAUGAGAGAAGAAAAACUAAAACAGACCAAACUCCCACCAAGAUUACAGAGAACGUUGAUGUUUCAAGAACCAAUAUCAAGAUUACCUGUAGAAGACUGGUCUAAAAUACCUCUUUGUUUUGACCCAGUGCAGUACGAGACUUUACCCUGUCCUAGACCUUUACUCUACUACUGGCCUGUUGGGCAUAAGCUGGUUAUCUGAUGUUUUUUUUUUUAAAUAUAAUUUAAAAAAAAACAUUUUCUGCUACAAUGAGCUGUUAGUUUUAAGGUCUAAAUUUAACAGAAAAAUUAUUUAGAUUUUUAGUGGAUAAACUCUAUAAUUCUGAAAUUAUUCUGUAA